CAGCAGCGUCCUGCCUGCCUGGCGGAGCUCCGAGCGGAGCAGACGAGAUGAGCAGCACCGCGUCUCACACACACGUCCAGAAAAUGUGCGCAGGCUGAAGGAGAAGGAGUCUCACCGCUCUCCGUAUCCUCCGCAAACACACACAUCACUGUCACACGCUUUAACGGAGCUCCGGGAACCUUCAGACAGACUAUAAAGACGAAACAGAAGCCGACCACUUUGUGCCGAAAGCAGCCGCCGAAUGCUCGUUUUUUACGGAUAGUCUUCUCUCUGUGGCGAGGCCAACCUGACUAAUCAUCCAAGGUGUCAAGCCGGUACCUGUCCGAUGUCCUCUCCUGCCUCAGUGUGAUGCGUCAUGGCUCCGGUGCUGAGUGGAGUGUGGUGGGGGCCGGAGGCGGGUGUCGUCGGUUCGGGGGCGGCAGCUGCUACCGGGGUGGCGUCAUGGCUGGGGAGUGGGCAGCUGGUCCUGGCCGUCACCCUCAGCACCCUCACCGUUCUGCUGCUGGUCUCUGUGCUGCUGCUGUUGUGUGCUAGCUGCCAGGGGCAGAAGAAGGCAGCCAAUGGACAUCCAGCAGGAGACCAUGAGAACCUCAUGAAUGGAGUGUCAGAGAGAGAGACCAUCAGCCAAUCAGCAGACAGUCCAGCCACUGAUGUGGCUGUCAGCACCUCUCACAAUGGUCCUCUAACCAGCGGUACAAUCCUCACGGACACGCAGGACACCAGCCCCCAGCCGUCAGAGGAGAUGCUGUCCAGCCAAUCAGAGCUCAGGUCCUCCAAGUGUCCUCAGGACCGCGAGCUUCCCAGCAUUCCUCCCAACAACACCCUUAUUGGGGACGGACCCCCAGCCUCAGGGGACAGCACCUAUGAGGUGGUGAAGGAGAUUGCGACGGCGUCACGUGAUGUGAGCGCCGAAGACUCCCUGUACGAGACGGUCAAGGAACUUAAAGACCCCCCAACACAGCUCGGCCUCCCUAACGGUACCAUCCAGCUGAGCCCAGAUGAACCUCCCCAUCAUCCCCCCGCUCUUCUUAAUGGCCACCUCAGUCCCAGCACACCUGAGCGUGGGCCACUGUGCACAGGAGUGGAGUACGCCUCCGUAGACCUGAAUAAGAAGAGCCGCCACAGUGCUGACAUGGAGGCCAAAAGGCGCUCUGAGAAUAUUCCCUCUCACAGGCCUCUGGAAGAACCGGAGGACUUGCCUCCGCCGGUACCAGAGAAGGUUCUGGAUGAAAAUGACAACCAGCCAGUGGUGAUGAAUGGGCUAGCGGGGGCUGGGCUGCACAAUGGAGAGUUACACUCCCCUCUGUCUCCUGCACCAAGGUUCGACAACCACAUUCUGUCAGACAAUGAGUCAGCGGUGUACUCUACAGUCGACAAAACAAACUGUGAUGACGCCGUGAACGAGGAAGACAAAGAGCAUGACUACAGCAGCAUCGCGGAGAUCAAAGGCCUCGUCACGACCUCCUCCUCCAGUGACCUCUACGCCACUGUCAGAGAUAUCUACACCCAGCCCAACGAGCCAGAGCCAGGGGAAGACCCCAUGUUGGACUGCAUGGAUCCCGGCUACGAAACCAUCCGCAUCCCAAAGACUAACAGCUCAGACGAUGACUGCAGGGCCGAGCUGGGAGCGGAGGGGUCAGACGACACCAAGGCAGAGCCCGACUACGAGAGUGUCGGAGAGUUGGGUCUGAGCCGGGAAACAUCCCGCCUCUGAGUUUUUCACCAUCAACGACAUCUUCAUUCAUGCCGGCUGGGGAGAAGCUUCUUCUCACUAAAUCACUGUAGUGCUUUGGACCUGCCACCAAGCACGCUUUCGGUGCAUGACUUGGGGGGGGGGGGUAAAACAGCAGAAUAUGGCUGACCACAGCAUCCAUCAUCAACGCAUGAGUGUCUUCUUUACAGCUUGGGUACGGUUUAUCAUAUCUGAACUAUUUAAUUUAUCAACCAGGGUGAAUGUCAUUGGUACUAGUCUGCUAAAAAAAUUAACUGUAGCACAUCAGUCAGUGGGCAUUAAUCAUGUAGAAGAGUGCACUUUGGAUCAUCAUUAAAUCCCUCUUCUGUCUUUUCACACACAUGCAUAUCAUGGACAUGUUUAACAAAUUAUGAAAUAAAUAAACUAUAGAAUAAAUAGCAAUCACAGCACACAUGCAGAAUUUGAAGGCAUAGCUGAGGACACUAUCAGUGCCUGCGAUACAAAGAAGAAUUCAGUGCCAUAUAAUCCUGAAUUUCAUGCACUUAAGUGUACAUAUGAAGAUAAUCAUUAUUCUGCAGCUGCUAGUGACUUUCUAGCUUCCUUCGGGUGACCCUCAGUGUUUCAUUGAGGUUUCAGAUGGCGGAUCUCUUGGCUAUUCUUUGUCCGGCACCUCCACUGUGCAUACUCUGCUUCCUAUGAAUGGGUUCGAGGUGCGGAAAGCAAAAGCCAGUUUUAUCUGUGACCAAAUGUUCAGUCGAAACAAAUAUAGCAUUUAAUAGAUUACUGCAAGCGUUAAGGGUUCAACCAUGUUACAUGACAGGAGAUGUGAAACUUGUCUGCAGAACCAAAAUGGAAACCAGAGAUGAGGAAAGGCAGACGGUUUCACGUGAGCGUGCGGUUUCACAAUACAUUUUGGAAGUAUUUUACAGUCCAUGUCGGCCUCUUUUGUGAAAUUCAUAUUUAUUUGAAGAUGUAUAUCGUUGUGUACUUGUGAAAUGUUGCAGAGUGAAAGUUAAAUAGGGUUUUAUAGAAGUUUCUAGCAUUUUUAUUAAGAUACUAAAUGAAAGUGAUGUGUGAGAUAGCGACAGUUGUAAAGGUACGCUUUCCCCUGACUUUUUUUACUCAUUGUUUAAAAAAAAAGAGGACACGAUGAGAACAGAUCGUUGCACAGGGUUCAAAACAAAUUCAAAAGACGUGUAAUGUAUGCGCGUUAUAAACGCAAAUCUAUUGAGCCGCUGUAUUUUUUUUGGUUGUCGUGUUUUUGAGUCUACUCUUGGUACAGUAUACAGUCUUCAGUUGGUAUCCUAGAUGAUUUUAAAGCACAAGGUUUGAUAUCACGGUACUGCAUUUAUAUACAAAAAAAGCAUCAUCACAAUCCAGUUCCAUCUCUGCACAAUUUGACUAUCGAAUGCUUUUUAACGCAGCAGAAACACUCUGAGAAAAGCAUAUCUGUCUGUUUGUAGCUUGUACUGACGACAUGCCAACCAAGGCUUGUAUAUAGUUAGAGCACUAUUUUAACCGACCGUUACUCGCUGGAAGUUUUAUGUAAGCUUUUACUUAUUUGUAGAGCGUCCAGAGUGGUAUCAUUUUAAAAUAAGCCUGUUAAGAGCACUGAUGAUGUAUGUUUGCCUUGUUUUAAGGGAAACCUGUAACCCUGCUUUUUACCUUGUAUGUUACACAAAGUUGUCAAAUAGCUUUUGAGCUCCAAAAAGUAGUAACCAGUCAAAUGUCAAAAAAAAAAAAUGGUACAAUGUUUUGGUACAUGCAUUUUAAGAAACUGUGGUACUUUUAUUUUAAAAAAACAGAAUUAAUGUCUCAAUACUGUUGUUUGAUGUUUGUUUUCAGAUUAACAGGGCCUAUCCUUCUUGCUGUAAAUAUCUCUUCCACUGCUACAGAAAAAGAAAAAUGGUGUCAUCUGUUUCCACCCACAUCAAAAUAUUACAGCCAGUAUCUCCAGUUAGUUCAUAUUUCAUUAGACAUGCUGGAGCUUGCUGCUGGUUCAGACAAACACAGCUAGCCCACGCUGACUGUAUUAGAUUCAUAAAUGAUGUCAGACAUUUGAAAUGCUGUUGCAUCUCCCAGUGAUGUUACAGUGAAAGAUGUUUUUGGAUGGGAUCCACUCCCUGCAUUUUACAAGUGAAAAACGGGUAAAUGAAGCCCUC